AUGACCAGGGACCUGUUUAUGCGUAUUGUCAACGCUUUGGAGUCUCGAUAUCUGUAUUUCCGCUUCAGACACGAUGCGUCUGGCAGACCCGGCCACACACCUAUUCAAAAGUGCACUGCGGCAAUCCGGCAGUUGGCCUACGGAGGCGCGGCAGACAUGUGGGACGAGUAUCUCCACAUCGGUGAGACGACUGCCCUGCAAUGUCUGAAGAAUUUCUGUCUGGGAGUGAUAGAAGUAUUCGGUGAUCAGUAUCUGCGAAAGCCUACCCCCGAAGACUGCCAAGAUCUGUUGCGGAUGCACGGGAGUCAGCAUGGGUUCCCGGGUAUGUUAGGCAGCAUUGAUUGUAUGCAUUGGGAGUGGAAGAACUGUCCCACAGCCUGGAAGGGGUUCUACACGUCCGGCUACAAGGGAAAGAAUCCCACGAUGAUCCUGGAGGCCGUAGCUGAUUACCGGCUUUGGAUUUGGCACGCGUAUUUUGGGAUAGCUGGUUCGAACAACGACCUCAACGUCCUCAACUCGUCGCCACUUUUCAACGAGCAGUGUCAGGGCGUCGGUCCGGCCAUCAGUUUUGUCGCCAACGGCAGCCAACAUGAUAUGGGCAACUACUUGGCGGAUGGGAUAUACCCUAGGUGGCCCGUCUUUGUGAAGACGAUCCGAUGCCCAGGAGAUGAGAAGAAGGCCUACUUUGCGGCACGGCAGGAGUCGGCGCGCAAGGACGUGGAGCGCGCAUUUGGUGUGCUCCAGUCU